AUGGCAAGUAAAGGCUUGAUCACGACAAGAGAUGGAACGCAAAUCAGCUACACGCAGAUGGGCCCUUUAGAGGGUGCAAACAUUCUUUUCUUACCAGGUUGGCGACAGACCGCAGCUCAAUGGGGGAAGCAAGUCGAGUAUUUCCACGCCAGACACCGCGUCACAACGUUCGAUUAUCGCGGUCAUGGAGAGUCGGAGAAGCCAGCAUCUGAGUAUACUGUCGGCCUCCUCGCAAGAGAUCUAAAUGACCUCAUAAAUGCUCUCGGUCUUAUAGGUUGCACAGCAGUCGGUCAUUCCGUGGGGGCUUCUGUCAUUUGGGCCUUUUGGAAGACUCAUCCCGAGUCGAGGCAUCACAUUCACAAGGCUGUCAUUGCAGAUCAAGCUCCAUGCAUGUUGAUCGAUCCAAGCUGGAGUGACGCACAGAUCAGAAACUAUGGUGCCAUCUUCACUCAGGACGUGCUGAAUCAGCUCCCACAAGUAUUCGAUACAAUGAUACCGGCGGCCAUCAAAAGCAUGUUCACGAACAAGGUUACAGAGGAGGAUCUGGCCUGGUUCUUGUCGCAAAACGAAAAGUGUCCCAAGAACAUUGCCUUGCAACUUUUGAGAAAUCAUGCUUCUCAGGACUGGCGAAAAGUCAUACCACAGCUGGAUAUGCCCGUGUUGGUCAUCAGUGCUGAAGGAGGCCAGUUUCCGCUGGAGACGGGGGCUUGGAUCCGAGAACAAACUACCGACUGUAAGAUUGCCAUCAUCAAGAAAGACGAGGGUGGCAGUCACUUUAUGUUUUGGGAAGCCCCCGAGAAGUUCAACAGCAUUAUUGAAGAGUUUUUGAAUGAUGGUUCGAUUAGUAAACCCAAGGAUGCAGAGGUUGGAACAUGGAGAAAAUUGCAUCACGAGCCGGAAUUUUACUAA